CUAUCUUCCUCAUUGCUACCGAAUCUCCUUCCUCACCAAAGCCAUGGCCAUCAUCGAUCUUCAUCAUCUUCUCUCCUUCAUUGCUGCCGAACCCCUUCCUCACCAAAGCCAUGACCCUAUCUUCCUCAUUGCUGCCGAAUCUCCUUCCACUCCGGCCAUAGUAAUAGGCUUCGCCGGAGUACCGGCUUCUUCACCCGGAUUCCAUUCAAAUCUAGGAAUAUGAAAACUGCUUCGUCCUCCCUGUCACGCUCUUUCCCCCUCCUCUCACUCACUCUAUGUACUUUUUUUUGUCUCUCUUUAUUCCACUUUUUCAUCAGUACUGGGCGAUGUUGGGUCCUAUUUUGCGUCUUUGAUAAUCGAAAACGAAGCUACCUCCAAACCACUGUACUGGAAAGUUACCAACCCCACUCUACUGCCUUCUCAUCUCCAAGAUUUGCCUGGUUUCACUCAAAGUGUUUACGAAAGGGACCACGCAAUAAUUACACCGGAGAGUCAUGUAUUCAGUCCUCUACCUGAAUGGACUAAAACAUUGGAAGCAUAUUUAAUCACACUGGAAAUGGGUGCACACUUUGUGAUGUACCUGGCCAAAAUGCAGGGUCUAAUCCUAUUUGAGUAGUUAGUUGUAUAUGCUUCAUUUUGCUUUCAGAUAUCUGUGUAGCAGCUGAUGCAACCUUUUAAUUUCAUUACUGCUCAUGCGUGUCUAAUAUGAUU